UUCUGCUCUCCAGCUGGCAGCACCACCGUGCUAUUCGUCUCCGGUCACUGUAUAAUUAAAUUGUUCAUGACCCUGACGGACUUGCCGGAAGACGUCGUCAAGCUGGAGCGCUCCGGCCGGAAGCGCCCAAGAAGCGACAGCAGUCGACUCAACAGCGUGGCUCACGUGUCCCGUGCUCGAGUCGAGGACGUGCAGAUUCCGCCCAUCCAAGUGGACAAGGACCUACUGAUCCAAGUAGUCCGAGUCAAAGUGCAGACGUUGAUCCGCAAUGCUAAACUGCGCGAACAGGGUGUGGUGCUCGAACCUGGCAAGAAGCACGACCCACAUUGCACCGCAGAGCGACUAGAAAAACUCCUUCCGGUGAUCGAACAGCAAUGGCUACAAGAUCUCAUGAAUGGUAAGGAGCCGCGGUACGGCUUCGACGAGGUCGUCAAAAUCCUCCAGGACAUUGUUCACAAUGACUCAGACAUCGGAGAAAAUGCUGGUCAAUAGAAUCUCUAGGCAGAGGUUUGCAGUGGUCACUAUGAACAAAGGAAGCUCACUCAGAUGUCCACAAUCAAUUUAGUUUGGCAGACGAGCUGUAUUCAACGCAUU